AUGUCGACCGACUAUAAGUUCGAAGGAUGGAUGGGAGAUGAUGCCGCCUCCUCACAAGGCAACAUGAUUUGGAGGGAGUUUCAGCCAAAGGAGUGGGAAGAGACCGACGUUGACAUCAAAGUCACACACUCUGGCAUUUGCGGUUCAGACCUACACACUCUGCGAUCAGGAUGGGGCGCCACCGAGUAUCCCUGCGUCGUAGGACACGAAAUCGUCGGUGUUGCAGUUCGAGUCGGCUCUAAGGCUGAAGGCGACAUUAAGGUUGGCGAUAUUGUUGGCGUUGGUGCUCAGAGUGACUCCUGCCUUGGCCGGGACGGGCCAUGUUCAACUUGUGAGGCAGGCUUAGAGCAGUACUGCGCCAGCAACGUCAACACUUAUAAUGCUAGACAUCGCAACAACGGUAAAGCAUAUGGUGGCUACGCUUUGUAUCACCGUGCUCCUGCCCACUUUGUUGUCAAAAUUCCAAGUGGUGUUGCCCCCGAGUUUGCUGCCCCUCUGAUGUGCGGAGGCAUUACCGUUUACUCGCCACUCAAGUUCCACGGCGCUGGUCCCGGUAAGAAGGUUGGUGUUGUCGGUGUCGGUGGCCUCGGCCACUUUGCCGUGCUGUUUGCCAAGGCAUUCGGCGUCGAUGAGGUUGUCGGAAUCUCAAGGAGAGAAAACAAGAGGGCGGAUGCUAUCAACUUGGGAUGCGAUGACUACAUUGCAACGAGCGAUGACAAAGAUUGGAUUAAGAAGAACAAGGAGCGCUUUGAUCUCAUCAUCUCAACCGCUUCUUCCGAGGAUAUGCCUCUUAACGGAUACCUGGCCCUUCUUAAGCACAACGGAACGCUUGUGCAGGUUGGCGCUCCUGAAGCUCCUGUCCCUCUCCGGCCUUUUGCCCUCAUUGCCGGCCGCAAGAAUCUCACUGGCUCAGGUAUCGGCAGCCCGGCCGAGAUCCGUGAUAUGAUGCAGCUCGCCGCCGACAAGCAAAUCAAGCCGUGGGUGGAACUGCGACCUAUGAGCGAGGCAAACCAGGCCAUUGUUGAUCUGGAGGCGGGCAAGCCUAGAUUCCGUUACGUCCUGGUGAACGAAUGGUAA